CGACUUCCGCAUUUAGUGUAUGCCGGCUCACAGUCGGUGUUUGCGCCAUAAAGAUUAAUAAAUUUCGUACAAUUUAAGCGGUCAUUUUAACGAAAAUGCAGUAAAUUACCAAAGCGCAUUCGGGCAACUACCGCUUCAAUUUUGUCCACAAGAAGUUUUCCGACUAUAAGCGCGAUUGUGCCACAAUGAUGUCUCAAGGGGCGUGUGUGGACCUUUACAAGAAUUUUUCUUACGUACCUCAAAUAGAGUACUGUAGUCCUAUAUUUGACAAUGAGCUUUGUUGGCCCCCCACACCUGCUGGUUCAAAUGUUACGAAAUUUUGUCCACAAAAGAAGGGUACCAAUGCGACACAAUUUGCGUACCGAAUAUGUAAAGCGGAUGCACAGUGGGAGUACAACAACAUCACCAAUUUGCAAGGAAAAGGCUAUACGUACUACGACAACUGCUACUUACCUCGACUUAGAGACUUAAUCAACAUGUGCAAAGUGUUAGACUUUCAGACAUGCACUAAGGUAGGCUACAAUACAAGAAUCAUAGAAAUGGUUGGUCUGGGAGUAUCCCUACUGUCUCUCGCGUUUUCGUUAUUUAUAUUUUUUCGUUAUAGGGUUUUAAGGAAUAAUCGUACAAAAAUUCACAAAAAUUUAUUUUUAUCGACGAUAUUACAGAUUUUUGUACGGCUUGUGAUAUACAUCGAUCAGUCAUUUGAAGAUAAAGUCAUUGAAAAUACACCGUACCUAUGUGAGUCAAUUUAUGUGUUAUUGGAAUACGCCAAAACCGCAAUGUUCAUGUGGAUGUUCAUCGAAGGCCUCUAUCUUCACAAUGUUAUAACCGUCACAGUUUUUCAAGAGUACUCGUACAUGAAGCUGUACUUCUGGCUGGGAUGGACUCUUCCAUUGGCUUUAACUAUUAUAUGGGUUAUAAUAAUGAUCGUAUGUACGGAAAAUACGGGGUGCUGGUAUUUGUAUUAUUUCUUACCAUAUUACUGGAUACUGGAAGGUCCACGUUUAACCGUUAUUAUAGUCAACUUGUUAUUUCUUCUCAACAUUGUAAGAGUCCUCGUUGUUAAGCUGAGGGAAAGUCAUACCAGCGAAAUACAGCAAGUUAGGAAAGCUGUACGUGCCGCCAUAUUUCUACUACCACUGAUGGGUAUAGCCAACAUAUUAUUUUUGGUGGACUACCGAUUAUUUAAAAACGCAUGGAAAUUUGCUCUCUGGUCUUAUAGCACUUACUUUCUUACUACUUUCCAAGGAUUAUUUUUAUCAGUCUUGUACUGCUUCUGUAACGGAGAGGUACAAGCUGCCUUAAAAAACAGCCUUUUCGUGUACAUGUCUCUACGUAGAGAUCACAAUGAUCCGAUGCGAAGAAAUUCCAUGCACCUUUCCGGCGUCACGGCCUUAGAAACGGACCAAUGACGAAGCAACCUCAAUGGAAUGUGCCCACGGGGGUAUAACAUUGGCCAGGCCGAACGGAAAAUUUACGAGUGAGUUUGAUGAGAUGCAUGCGACAGUCGAAGUGUUUGCGUUAUUUGGACUUUUAGGACUGUCGUUUGAUGGACUGUCCGAUUUACUUUUGGAUACUUUUAUUAUGCAUUCCGCAAAGAAACUAUAUUUUUUAGGAGUUUAGAGUUUAGCGUAAGUAGUCAAUAUGUGAAUACUAACUUUUUUACUGCUGUUGUGUAUUUGGUAGUUUUAAGGUACCUCGCUGUACUCAAAAUAUUCAUCCUUUCUAUUUUUUCCUCUCUUUAUUUACGUCAAUUUGGCCUAAAGUGUUAUUUAAUAUUUAACUUAAAUGUAUACGAAAGUCUCUCGUACAUAAUCCGUCCAAAUGCAUUUGUGCAGUAGCCUACGUAAUUUUGCCAAAUGACACUUAUACAAGGUUUGUCUUUUAUUCUAAUAAAGUUAUUGCAGGAAGUACAAUUCAUUAGGUGC